AUGUCUGUAGUGACGUCCGAAGUGGACUAUUGCAUGCUGAAGCGGUAUACUCAUGAAUAUCACAUUUCUCAUGUACUUGGUUUUGAAGUUUCGUCUUCAUCUUCAUCUGUUCUUAAUGCCCCGCCUGGUGGGUGCCCUUCUUGUGUGUUGUAUGAGGAAGAGUUGGACGAAGCAUGCCGGUUUAUAGUUGGUGCUGAAAAAAUUAUCUCCGUCGUACUCGGGCGAGAUCUCAAAUUUUUUGACGGGUUGUUAACCUUGCGAUACGGGUUUCUAGCUGAGGAGGUGAAUUUACGUGUUGCCGAAGGCAUGAAGCUUGCAAGCGAUGAAAUGAUGGUGAAAGCCAGAGAGAUGUAA